GCCGCCCGUGCCGCGAUGCCGCCGCCGUGUCCCCGCGGGGCCCUGCCCGGAGCCUCCCUCCUCCUCCUCCUCUUCCUCCUCCUCCCGCUGCUCUGCGCGGCCCCCGAUGUUUCAAGGGGAAAUAAGCUUAAACUGAUGCUUCAGAAACGAGAAGCCCCUGCUGCUGCGAAGCCUGAGGUGUCAGUGAAAGAAACAGCAGCCAAGGAGUUCCUGAGCAGCCUGAGACGCCAGAGGCGCCAGCUGUGGGACAGGAGCCAGCCCGACGUGCAGCAGUGGUACCAGCAGUUCCUGUACCUGGGCUUCGAUGAGCAGAAAUUUGAAGAUGACAUCUCCUACUGGACCAACCUGGGGCGUGCUCGUAAUGAAUACUACGGUGGGUACUACCAGCACCACUACGAUGAAGAUUCUCCAAUUGGCCCACGAAACCCACACACCUUCAGGCACGGGGCAGGCGUCAACUAUGACGAUUACUAAUGCCAUUUACCCUGCUGCACUGGGCGAGGCUGAGCCCUCCCUCAGUCAGGAUGACCCUGCUUUUUCUUCUAUUCGUGUCAAACAGAAGGAGGAAAGGAUCUGCCAGACUUUGAUGAAAGCAACAUGACUUUUUUUUAACUAUCAUUACUUAGUAGUACACUAUAUAUAAAAAGUGUUAUAGAAAUAAAGCUUUUUUGAUAAUCAGGUUGCAAAUAUUUAGUAGACUUCAUAACAGCAAGUCUAAUUCCAUCUGUAUUACUACAGAUUCUUUUUUAAAGGGCUUUUUGUCUUGCUGUCCCACAAUCAAUUGCAAAAUUAUAUCAUCUACUUUGGCAUAUAGAAUACAUAAUAUUAGUCAGUACAUUUAAGAUGUGCCUUCCCAUUCACAUUUCUAUUAACAAAUAAA